CAAAGUAACAAGGAUAUAAAUUAGAUUAAGUUUACCUGUGGUAAAGCAUUUUAAUUUCUGUUAUUAUUUUUAUAGUGAUUAAUUUAAUACUUGGUAAUGCUGAGAAUUUUAUCAUGUAGUAUGAAUUAAUUCAGUUUAUGAAAUACAUGUGCAGAGUUUCAGAACUGGGAUGUGAACUUAAGUAUUUGACAAAAACUGUACAGUCAAAUUGCCUAUGGUAGUCUCAAAUGAAAGAAUAUUUAUGAGGAUUAAACAUGUCAAUAAGAAAAUGGAAUGUACACUUAUGAGAUUUUGGAUAUGAUCAUUAUAUAAUUUCAGCAGGAUCUAUUCAAUAUUAAACAGAUUAAAAAUGGCAAGUAUAAAUACUACUAUUGCUAGUAUUAGCACUACUACCAGUACAGCUACUACCGGAACUACUAUCAAUAAUGCUACUCAGUUAAAUACUGGCACCUCUAAUUCUUCAUCCUUAUUAACAACAGCAUCUACGACUACCAGUACAUUAACAGCAUCUUCCACAGCAGGGAGCACUUCAACACCAACACCCAAUGAUAACGAAGGUAUGAUUAUUGGAGUAGUGUCAAGUAUCACAGUCCUUGUAAUUCUAGCUGUUAUUGUAAUGUUCAUUUUAUGGAGAAAAAGAAAGCAAAAUAAACGAAAGAAUAAAGCAGUGGGUAAGCUACCAGACAUAAAUGCAAUACAAACCGCAAGGAAUUUUAAUGAAACAGCAAGUGUUGGACAAAUUGAUCCAGUUAUUGAAAUUGAGGAUACGAUCAGCACGAGUUCAUCUACUAAAAGUAACUAUUAUGAUGCAAAUAAAUUUCCCGUAAAGCUGAAAAAUGGUGACAGCUCUGAGUGUGUUAAACGAAAAGAACCAGUUAAACAAACAGAAUCAGUUCCAUAUCAUGAGGCUCCCCCAAUACCAUGUGAUCAAUCAAAAAUUGGUUAUGUGAAUUUACCCAUCGUUAAUAUCAUUAAUGAUAACAAACAAACCCCUGAAUACAAAAAUCUUAAUGGUACUGAAAGCUCCAUCUAUGUUAACAAUGAAAUGAUUAUUCAAGAAAAGACAGACUCUAAUAGUAACUACUAUGAAAAUACUGAUAAUUCACCUCUCUACUAUAAUCAGGAAGAGGACAACCAAGGUUUUGAAAUAGGUGAAGACUAUGAAAAUGCACCAAAGAAAAACAUUAAGCCCAGUUCUCCACCUAAGCCUUCAACUCCACCCAAAUCUUCUAAUCCUAGGCUAGAAACGCCCCCGAAAACUCCUCCAAAACCUCCUAAAUGUGAAUUAUUUAAAUGACAUCUAGAAGAAAGGUGAACUAUUUAGAACAAAACACAACACAAGAUAUAAAUGGAUAUAACUACUUGAAAACGCAACCGGCAAGUGUACCAAAUGCUGUAGUGUGUGUUCGAUCUUGUAAUAAAAUUUAUCAAAUGUUAAAUAUGGACCUAUAUAUACAUGUAGUUCCUUUGGGGCUACAUCGUGAAUCUUUAGUUAUAUCAAAAGGUGUGUUAUGGAAUAUGUCGGUUUUGAUGAUAACUUUGGUAUGGUUUAAUGAAUGACGGAAAGAGAUCAAUCUACAUUACUUACAAUAACUAACCACAGGACAAUAUAUGUGUCACCUUCAGAUGAACUGAGCAGCAAGUGUUUGUAGACAUUGUCAUGUGCCUGACACACAUCACUUAUAGCCCCGUUUACACUUGGCCGCGAUAAGCAUGCCGUUCUGGGCACGGUACCAGGCUGCGAUAAACUUCAAGAAAUUGACCUAUUUACAUCACUCUAAAAUAACCGGUCUCAGAACCGUGCCAAGUACGCCAAAUUUUGACGGAACAGAUGACAGAGCUGUCAAAGUUUGCGGGG